CCCGCCGGUCGUCGAUGCCAGAACCCACCAGCAGUUUCGGUUAAGCCGGCGGUGCGGCUCCCUAGGUGUAGGGGCCUAGCGAGUAAGUCAUAACGCGGCUUUAUUUUCUCCGCCCGCUUUUGGUUCGCGUUUAACGCGCUUGUGGAAAGUGCCCGCGUGUGCCGUAGAGGUAUUCCGACGCUUCAGAAGAGGACGCUUCAGCGUCGCGAAAGUGCACCACAUCUGAUUGUGCGUCGCACCGGAGCUGAAGCUUUGGCGGCGUCGAAUUAGUUUCCCUUUUGAGUGCCUGAGCUGUCAUCUUUGGACAAAGGCCGUCGCUGCGAAGGAUUAAGCGCCGCAAGCUGGAUUAACCAAGUCUGGAGCCAUUCGUAGCAGUGGAGUAUCCGGGGGGCCGGUUCUACGCUACAAUCACUGGCAUCACGGUGUAGCGCGUCGGACUGAUCCACCAGAAGUGGCAAUCCGAUUCCACACUGUAUCUUGCGCUCGUUCGUGUGUGAUCUUGGAUUCGUGCGUAUUGGUGUCGCCAACGAAGGUGGUUUACUUGUUGGGUCUUUAACGAAUGUUGCGUCAGCCGUCACGCGGUCAUCAGUCAACGCAGCCCCGACGGUGCAACAGUUGCCGAAGCCUGGUGAUUGAAAGCAUCCUUGAAUAUCGCCGGCUCCAGAAAACAUUCAUCUUCGCGCAGCGUGGACGAGUGGAUUGUCAGGCGUACCUGACGGAACCUGCUUUUGUGAAGUGGUGCCAAAGCUCUUCGACGGCUUGUUUUGAACGUUCGUUGUUGACCUUGUAGACGGUCGUUGCGACAGUGGUACACCGGAAGCAACAAGCAGAAAUAACGUAACGGAAGUGAUUAGCCAAGGCAUGUGGAGCGUUCCUCACGCACCUGGUGGAUCCAGCCAUUCGCAGUGACAAAAAGGAAAGGUGUUACGUUUCAGGUAUCAGUGCGCUUUGAACUGAUAAUCUGGUUUUUCAAGCAUUGACGUAUGCUGUUCUCUGAACACGCACCUCGCGUCGUCUGCUUUCUCGCAGAAAACUUCUGCAAGCACGUUACGGCGUCGGUUUCUUCCAGCUCCCUUUUUUUCUUUGUAUCAUUUUUAUACUUCGGGCUCGCCACAUUGUAGCCUUCUGUGUCCGACCACUGAUCGAGCCAAUUAGAAGCCCUUGAUUCCGCAGCAGCGAACCUGCCGUCUGCUCGUUGCACACAAAGCGUUGUCUGCUUCGCGACGCCCUCCUCUUGCGCUCUCCCCCCCCCCCCCCCCCCCCUCUACCGAAGUACGUUCACGGGUCCCUGUGCCGUGUGCAAGGAAGCCCCUACGGUGUCUUGCGUCGACUUGAAAUCCGUCCAAGAAGCCCCUUGUGCGUCUUCGUAAUCCAUGUCACGGUCACUGGAAGUGGAUUUCGCCCGGCCAGGUUACGGAGUGCGCAGAUCCGUGGUGCAGGAGCAGUAGCUUCGGUCGCGGUACGCCGGGUCCAGUGCUGUGUGAAAAGUGCCCCUUUGGAUACGUCUCCGGCAUUUGCUCGGCCGAGCGCUUGCACAAGGGAGGAUUGUUCUUCGGUCAAGAAUCCUCUGGCUUUCGACCGACGGUGGUCGCUACGUUGUUCCACGACGUUGGACGAAGCUUCGUCGCUAAUCACUGGAGGCACCGUCAGCGGCAGCACCGCAAGCGCUGAGAGCAGAAGCGACGGAGGCAGCCGCGGCUAUGUUGCGCUCUCCGUGGUUCCGCGCGUGAACGCGCGCUGGCGCUGCUGCUGGUGCUAAGCCUGCCGCGCCAAGGAGAGCAGGAGUGGAGCCGGUGCGCAUGCGCGGGCGGCCGAGCCGCACUGCAGGCUGGCCGACAGCGGCGUGAGGAAGCACUCUAGCGACGCGGCGCUGGACGCCCCGCCUUCGGGCGCCCGCCCCAAGAUGGGCAGAGGCAGCAAGAAGUCCUCUUCCUCGGCGCCCGCCGCCACCAACGCGACGACGCAGGCGUCGACGCCCAAGCUCAAGAGCAAGUCCAAGAGCAAGUCCAAGUCUUCGCACGGGUCGGCGCCGCCUCCGCCGCGGUCCAAGUCCCGGGCGCAGCGGCUCCGCAGCGCCAACUCGGGCGUGAUGAGCUCGCUGAACAUGCUGCAGCUGUCCCUGCUCAACAGCGGCCUGCUCCCCCUGCCGGACGAGGCGUCCGCCUUCAUACCCACGCGGCCCAUCGAGCUCGCCCGGUUCCCCAAGCACAUCGCGCUCUUCAAGAAGUACGACGUGCUUCUCAAGACCGAGUUCCUGCUUGCGACCAAGGGUGAAUCGCAUUGCAUGCGACAUGCCAGCAAGCCGGACAACGACAACAAGAACACCUACAAGAAGCUGCUGCCCUAUGACUACAACCGCGUCGUCUUAGAUACGCUACCCGACAUUCCCGACUCCGACUACAUCAACGCUACCCACAUAGACAGUAUUCUGAAGCCGAACGCCUACAUAGCGGCUCAAGGUCCAAACGAGGACACCAUUAGCGACUUCUGGAGGAUGGUGUGGGAGAAAAAGUGCUACGUCGUCGUCAUGCUCACCAAAGUGUUCGAUUUCAUACGGGUGAUGUGCUGCCAGUACUGGCCCAUGGAGCUGGACAAGCCCGAAAAGUAUGGCGUCAUCGAAGUGACGCUCCUCUCCGAGGACACCAUGGCCAACUUCGUCAUUCGAACGCUGAGGCUACGAAAGGGCGAGGAGGAGCGCGACGUGUUCCAGCUCCACUUCACCAGCUGGGCGUCCCACACGCAGCCGUUCACCAACGCCCUGCUGGACUUCCGGCGGAGGGUGCGGACGUUCACCGACCGCUGGUCAGCCAUCGGACCCACCAUCGUCCACUGCAGUGACGGAUGCGGCCGCACGGGCACCUACAUGUGCAUCGACGCCAACCUGGAGCUGGCGGACGAAGACGGCGAGUACGACGUGUUCGGCUACACCAAGAAGCUGCGCGCCGCGAGGAAAGGAAUGGUCGACACCGUGGAGGCGUACAAGUUCGUGUACGAGACGCUGGAAGAGGCCUACGUCUGCGGCAAGACGUGGUUUCCGGUGUCCGAGCUGUCCGAGCAGCUCAAGUUCAAGUCGGCCAAGAACCCCAUCACCAAGGUCAACGAGUACCAGAAGGAGUACGAGAAAAUUUGCAAGAUGUCGUCCAAGCUGUCCAUCGGGGACUGUGCGGGUGGUCAUCGGCCCGAAAACAGGGACAAGAAUCGAGACGUGGCUACCGUGCCCCCUGAUAACUUUCGGCCGUACCUGACGUCAUUCCAGAGCAACGACAACACUGACUACAUCAACGCUGUCUUCGUUGACGGCUACAGCCGCUCCAAGGAGUACAUCGUGACAGAGUGGCCCAUGGUCCGGACGGCGCAGGACCUGUGGUCGCUCGUCUACGACCACGACUGCAACUCCGUGAUCGUCCUCUGCAGUCCUCCGCCUUCGAACGCGUACCCUUCCUUCUGGCCGACGGAGAAGGAGAAGCGCAAAAAGUACGGCCCCGUCUUCACGGUGGACGUGGUCUCGUACAACCACUACCCGAAAAUCAAGACGUGGAUUUUCAGGAUAAACAAGAAGGUGGUCUCCCUGACGGAGCUGAUGGCGGGCGUCAAGGCCGAGCCGAAGACGACGCAGAUCUUCCAGAUCACCUGCUGGCCCGAGCGCCACAAGGUGCCCACCUCCACGAACACCCUGGUCGAGCUCAUGAACAUGGUCGAGAGAUGGCGCCAGAGGACCACCUACGGCCCCGUUCUCGUCAUAUCCACGAACGGCAAGAGUCGCGCCGGCGUCUACUGCGCGGCCAACGUUGCCAUCGAGCAGGUCGUGGAGCACGGGGAGGUCGAUGUCUUCCAGGCAGUCAGGACGGUGCGAAGGCACCGGCCGCAGCUCGUCGAGAACAUGACCGAGUACAAGUACUGCUACGACCUUAUUCAGCACUAUGUGCUGCACUACCUGAACAAGGAGUGACUAUAAGCGGCUCGCAGUGUAGGUUCCUCCACUCAACGUUCGUACGUCCUGUUCCACAAGCCGAACAACGGGAACGGAUCGCGGCACGCACCGGGAAGCCGCGAUUCCCGUACAAUCAACGGCACAACAUUCCAGCGGCGUCGUAGGAGACACGUGGUCGCGGGGUGCAAUCCUUCCCCUACGAAGAUGGCGCCGGCGAACCACUAACGUCCGGCCCCGUCGCCCCGCCAUAGCGGAAAUCUUUUCUUGUUUUAGCGUUGUUCCCCCCGUUGUUCUCGCCACGGGAGGUCUCUUCCUUAGUUAGAAAGUUGUUUUCGUACUUAAGAUGUGUUUUAAAUCUGGCCCGGGCUGCUACUCUGGACACCUUCGGCUAGAGAGUGACUCUAGUUCCGUCAUAUACUGUUGAGUUCGCCAUCUUGAACGCUCGGAUUGGCUCCCAGGGCAGUCGCGGCCUGCCUGAUUGGCUGAAAACGCCAACGUGGCAGAUUUUCGCCGUGUCCAGAAUGGCACCCUGGCUUUGAAGCCAGCCUACUUUGAUGUUCUAAGAGCUAAAAAGAAAAAAAAGUGAGGGAGUUUCGAGCUUUCAAUAUUCACAGCUGUUUGCAUGCGCGGUGACGUCACACGUUGGGUCGUCAAGAAAGUAACUAAGAAAAGAACACAGAUGUUAUCGCUGCAUUUUGGAACUUGGCGUUUUCAAACUUGAGAAAAACGCAACGCGGCUAGCGCACGCAUUCACACAUCAUUACUUUAUUUGAUCCUUAAUCCAGGGAAAGCGUGACUACGUUUUUCCUUUGUGCCCCCGCGAACGUCCCACCGAGCUACUUACUGUCUUGGGCUACUCAGCCGCCAUCUUUACACAUCUUGUACACUAAAGUAGCGUGCACCAUUUUCUUUUUUACUUAAAUGCUGUCUUUUGCUAAGUUGUCUUCCUUGCCGAAAGAGACCUUGAAAUAUAUUUAGGAUAACAGCCGUCAACUUUGCUGUAUAUUUAGCCGUCUCUGCGACGAAAUUUCGGCACACUCUCAGCGGGAAACACUGCGGAGGGCUACUCAAGUAGUGCGGUCAGCAAUCACUCCGCGCAUUUCGUUGUGACCCGGCUCGAUUAGCGACGCGUUCCACUGAAUAACGUCCCUCAGAGGUCAUAAACUACAAGGCAGGCAGUUCCCAUUCUAAAUCACACAACGUUCAUAUCCUUCUGCUUGCAGUACGCUUCGCACUACGUUUUGGAAGCGAAUACGCGCAGUGAGUGCGCUUGCGGAAGCAGCGCAAUGAGUGCGGUCAUGCGAACGUGUCACUCCGCGCUGUCUGAGUAAUCGGCAAACACGUUUAAGUUGAUGGCGCCCAGUACAUUACACUAACCUUCAUCCAUUAUAACAGUGACCUAAUAUGUUAAUGUAAUAUCGAGGCACCUGUCAUUUUUCGCAUGUUCUGCAUAUUCUUACGGCGAUGCGCGAGGGUUUUUUUUUCUUUUUUUUGUCGCUAGUGCAGGCUGGUGUGGAAGGUAGCGGCUGCAUGCACAUUCGUGCUUUAUUCGACAGCAAAGCGUUGUUGUGCAUCGUUACUAUGACCGCCGGCUACACUGUAUCAGUCCUCGCACAUCCUCAGAGAUCCCAGCCGAGGACAUCUCCGAUUAGGGAGAAUUAGUCGCCGGUUCGGUAACGGUACGUGGUGUCGCUUUAUCAAUCCGCUGUGUUUGUUCCCUAUGCACACCGCUUCCAGGGUCGUUAAUAAUCCACGCUCCGUUCAUUCGAUAAAUUUUUCGAGUCGCUUUCUUCCUCGCAAAGAAUUAUCCUUUUCCAUAGAAGGAAAGUGUUUCUCGUGGCUCCUAUUUUGAAUAAUCCCGUAUACUCAUAAGGAACCACACAUGUAUGCGAAUUGGAAUGUUCCCAUGUUAUGGCAUGAAAUUGUGGCACCUACAGUGAUUAGGCCUACUUUUUUUUUCUAUACUGUGUGCCAAUACUUCUUUGUUCUGUAUUCAUGUGCGGUCACCUAGAACUUCAUGUAAGAACUUCAGUCCUUUCUCAUCACUAUUGCGCCGGCAGUGAAAUAGCGAAUACAGUAUUUUUUUUUUUUCGUAACGUAUGCUACUGUGGUUUGAAAGGCCUUAAAUAUUUUGCUAAGCGAAGCUCAUGGUUCAUAGUGCAGGCUGCAUUAGUUGUUCUCGCUGUUUUGAAGCUCACUUUCUUUUUCUCCUCGUGGUUCCUCUUACCUUGAGUAUGGGAGAAAACGCCGGCAACAGUUGCAUGACGAAGAGUCACCCGUACACAUUGACGAUGGUGACGGGCACGUGAAAUGUGUGUUCUCUCGACAUGCUACGCA